AUGAUGAGAGGCUGUGCUUCUCUGGUCUCAGCUCUGAAGUCAAACCCCUCACACCUGAAAGAACUGGAUCUGAGUAACAAUCAGACAGAGGAUUCAGGAGUGAAGGACCUAUCUGCUGUGCUGAAGGAUCCUCAAUGUAGACUGGAGACUCUGAGACUGUCAGGUUGUGGAAUCACAAAGAAAGGCUGUGCUUCUCUGGUCUCAGCUCUGAAGUCAAACCCCUCACACCUGAAAGAGCUGGAUCUGAGUAACAAUGAUCUGAAGGGUUCAGGAGUCAAGCAUCUCUCUGCUAUGCUGAAGGAUCCACAAUGUAGACUGGAGACUCUGAGGUUGUCAGGCUGUCGGGUCACAGAGGAAAGCUGUGCUUCUCUAGCCUCAGCUCUGAAGUCAAACCCCUCACAUCUGAAAAAACUGGAUCUGAGCUACAAUCACCCAGGAGAAUCAGGAGUCAAACUGCUCUCUGCUGGACUGAAGGAUCCAUACUGGAGACUGGAGAAACUCAAUAUGGAUCAUGGUGGAGAGUGGAGGUUGAAAUCAGGACCCCAAAAAUAUCUCUGUGAUCUCACACUGGACCCAAACACAGUAAACAUAAACCUCUCUCUGUCUGAGGAGAACAGAAAGGUGACAUGGAGGAGAGAGGAGCAGCUGUAUCCUGAUCACCCAGAGAGAUUUGAGGACUGGCCACAGGUGUUGUGUAGAGAGGGUCUGUCUGGACGCUGUUACUGGGAGGUUGAGUUGAGUGGGAGAGGGGCUUGUAUAGGAGUGACAUAUAAAGGAAUCAACAGGAGAGGAUAUGGUGAUGACUGUUGUCUUGGAUACAAUGAAAAGUCGUGGAGUCUGAACUGUGAUGGUAACAGUUACUCCGCCAGUCACAAUAAUAAGACAACUGUCAUACCUGUCACCCUCUCAGACCCCCACAGAGUAGGAGUGUAUCUGGACUGGCCAGCCGGCACUUUGUCCUUCUACAGGGUCUCCUCUGACACACUGACCCACCUGUACACAUUCAACACCACAUUCACUGAGCCCCUCUAUCCAGGGUUUAGGGUUUAUACUGACUCCUCAGUGUCUCUGUGU